AUGGCAAACCAAAGUGACAAAAGUUGUAAUAGUCCACUUAGUGGUGAUCUCACAUGCAGAUUACUAGAUACGACUAUGGAAAUGAGAGGAUUUACUCCAGGCCAGUCAAGUGGCCAUGGAAAUUCCUCACCUACUCAACAACUUGUUGUUCACCUUCCACUGGUGCACAUUCAAACUGCUGCUAUGGUAGAUCUUGUGAUUCAACUAACUAAUGGUAACAAUAAUCAGGCUCCACCAGUAUGA